AUGCUUCGGUACCCCUAGUCUGUUUCCCACGCCAAAAAUAAAAUUUUUUUUGUCGUAAAUAAAUAUCCAUGCCGCACUAUAUUUCCAUGCUCAUCUUCUUUCUACAGGGUCUCUUCUCCAAGCUAGACUAAACAGAGUAAAACAAAACGCUGGUGAAAAGAGCAAAGAAAACCCCCAGAGUCACAAGACAGAUAGUUUGUUCAGCAUUUGAACUUCCUCGUAAACUUCAAACCCUUGAUGGGGGCUCUCUCGGUUUCCUCCUCCGCUACCUUGUCAACAUUUCUGCGUAAUCUUCCGCACCAUUUCAGGAAAAGCUAUGCAUCAGUCUCAGCGCUAUCAAUGGCCAAGGCUAAGUUUCAACUCCCGAAACAACGCAAGUUCAGCACUGGCCACAGAAAUCCCAGCUUCAGUUGGAUGGCUACUGUUGGAGAGAAUGUUCAAUCAAAUGCAUCAGCAGCAGCACCACCACCAACAUCAGUCCCGGUUCGUGUAGCUCAGGAGCUGCUUCAGGCAGGCCAUCGUUAUUUAGAUGUCAGGACUGCUGAAGAAUUCAGUGCUGGUCAUGCUGCUGGGGCUGUCAAUGUGCCUUACAUGUUUAGAGUUGGAUCAGGUAUGACUAAAAACCUGAACUUUGUGGACGAAGUUUUAGCAAUUUUUGGGAAAGAUGACGAAAUUAUUGUUGGCUGCCAAUUGGGGAAAAGGUCAUUGAUGGCUGCAACUGAUCUUAUAUCUGCUGGGUUUACUGGCAUUACAGACAUUGCAGGCGGAUAUGCUGCCUGGGUACAGAAUGAACUUCCGACAGAGUCGUGAUGACUAUGGAGGAGGGGAACACGGGUUGUGACGCUUAAUAACACAGGCUAUGUACAGCGUUAGAUUAUGCAAAAUAAUUUUUUAAAAAAUAAAAAAAAAAUAAAAACUGGCUGUGUACUGACUUUACAAGCAGGGAGAAAAGCCAAUGUCAAACAAUUAGAAUGGAAGUUGUACAGCAAUUUACUGGGAUUAUGUCGUAUGAAUUAUAAGUUGUUCUGAUGUGCAUUUGACUAUGGAUAAUAGAUGCAUAGCGCUGAUCCUUUGAAUGUAGUUUGUCUUGUAAUCUGGAUGAUCUGAGAUUAACAAGAAGUCUUUGUAAUUGUUCAAUUGUAUUUGUA